UUUGUUCGCUCGCAUCCCUCCUCUGUUACGCACGCUUAUUCCAUUGCUCGCCCUUCUUUCCUCCUUUUGAGUUUUGACCCUCGGCUUCUUUCCCUUUUUAUUCUCCCGUCCGUCUCGUUUUCUCUUCCCUGUUUCUUAUUCUUCUUCUAUUCUCGAUGGAAUAGCGAGUAUAAAUUAUAGGUGGAGGCGAUGAAGGGGCUGGUGGAGAGGGACAAGAAGGACAUGAAGCCUCUGAUUUUUAAAUUGGGCGUCGCUCUGGCCCUCUCCAUCGCUGGCUACUUCGCCUCUCGAUUCCAUUCCCGCCCCCGCCUUCCCCCUCCUCCCGCCUCCUCUUCAGCAGGCGAUAAGCCGGAAAACGCUGGCAAAUCCGCGACCGUUGGCGCUGCCACAGCCGGUAGAAGAGGCCUCAAGGAUGAACUCCCCAUUAUUCGAAGAGAGGAAGCUUUGGCCAAGAUAAUCCACGGGACAUCCACCUCCACUAUCACGACCGCCGCCACCGUUUUGGGGUUGUCUCCGAUCUGUAAGAGUUCAGAGGAUGAAGAGGAGUUCCUUUUACCAGAGUUUAAUCAGAUAGUUGUGAGGGAGUUUGAGGCAGCUCAGCAAGACUUGGAGGCUAGCACGAAAAUCCCCAUGAGUAGCAAGUUUGAUAUCAAGGAUGUGGAAAUGGAGCAGGAGAUUGCAUACCUUCGCAACUUGGUGCAGUCUCUCCAGGAGAGGGAAGAAAGCCUUGAGUUGCAGAUGCUCGAGUAUUAUGGAUUAAAGGAACAGGAGGCCACUGUGAGAGAGCUGGAGAACAGGUUGAAGAUGAACAUGAUGGAGGUUAAGCUGUUAUCACUAAAGAUUGAGUCCAUGCAAGAUGAAAACCAGAAACUCAAAACUCAGGUGUCGGACUACUCGAGAGUAAUGACUGAACUGGAGUCUGCAAAGUCAAUGAUUAAGCUUCUGAAGAGGAAACUAAAAUCAGAUGGAGAGCAGGCAAGGGAUAAGCUAGCUUCCCUUCAGCAGAGAAUUGCUGUGUUGCAAGAAAAUGAGCACAAGAAUGGGAAAAAUGAUGUAGAGUUUGAGAGCAAGUUGGAGAGGCUGCAGGAGGUGGAAGAUGAAGCUGCUGAGCUUAGAAAGGAGAACUUAAGACUGGUACAGGAGAAAUUGGACUUGGUACAGAAAUUGGAGGCUACUACGCAAAUGAUAUCAUCUGCCACUCUAAAUGCCCCUGAGGCAGUACUGGAAGAAGUUUAUUGCUUGAGAGAAGAAAAUAAAAAGUUGGCAAGGGAAAUUGAGCAGCUUCAAACCAAUCGUUGUGCAGAUGUUGAAGAAUUGGUAUAUCUUAGGUGGAUCAAUGCCUGCUUACGAUAUGAGCUGAGGAAUUAUCAGGCUCCGCCAGGGAAGACAGCAGCAAGUGAUCUAAGUAGGAGCUUGAGUCCAAAUUCAGAAGAGAAAGCCAAGGAGCUCAUAUUGGAAUAUGCAAAUUUAGGUAUUGAUGAGAAAAAUAUCAGCCUUGUGGACUUUGAUUCGGAGUCUUGUUCUUCUUCACAAGCAUCCACUGGGGAGUGUGAUGAUGCUUCCUUUGACCUCUCUUUGUCAACGGAAAACAGCAGCUCAAGGAAAUCAAAGUUUAUUAAAAAACUUAAGAAGCUGGUACUGGGAAAAGGCAGGAACAGGAGCAAAAAUUCCUUGGUAGAUAAAACUCAUGCGAGCUGUGGUGAUUCAGCGAUAAGGGGAUCUGUUUCAACUUGUUCCUUGGAUGAUAUGAUUGGAAGAAACUCGUGUGACAGUAUUUCUUCAUGCUUUUCGAUGGAACAUGCCUCAACCAAUCAUCUAAUAGGAAUGGAAUCACAUGCUAAUGGAAAAUUUCAAAAUAAAGGUGCUUGGUCUAAGGGUUUCUAUAGAACCUCUUUUGAUGUUCCAAGACUAAGGAAGCUUAAUCCAGAGGAAGUUAAAGAGGGUCGAGUAGGACAUUGUAAAAGUGAUUUGGGAACAUCAACCAGUCACAGCAAAAUGGUAAGCGUAGAUGACAGUGUGAUCAGUAUGAGCCAUGAUAAUUUACUCGAUCAUGGAGAUGUUGAUGUUUCUGAGCAGAAUGAGCUGAAGAAAUAUGCUGAAGUUUUGAAGAGUUCUCAUGCAUUGCCGAAAGUAAAGAAAAGAUCAGCAUCAUUAAGUUAUAAUUGAUGUCACUGUUUUUAUGUAGGAUAUCUUAUUUGCACCUACACAUGCCACAGCAUGCUGGCUGUAAAUUAUCUGCCACCAGGGAACAGGUGACUAGUUUAGGAAAUACUUUUAUUGUAUUAGGAACAUCUGUGAAGGAUCAGUAAAUCUGAGAAAAAAAUUUAUACGAGGCAAUAUAACUCAAACUCAUAUCGAGUUUCUUGUGGUUCUGAUUUUUUAAA